UCACUGAGUUGUCAGUCGAGGACCGCGCUCUUGGCAGGACAUCGGAAUUUAUUUCCUGCACAAUCUUUAUACCGCACGUUUUCGGGGUUUCCUUAUACGAUGAUCAUCUUCAAGCCGAUCGAAUGGUCCUCUUACGCGUGACGCGGGAACGAAACAUAGUUAAUCAAAAGAAUAGGUCGCCAUUGUUAUUGAGCGUGAAGACUGGAUCUCUAAGACCAUACGAAUCGCAUGCAGGAUAAUUUUUUAUUCGCGAAAAAAGCGGAGGAAUGAAUUUUCGAUACGGCGGUAUUAUGACGUAAAUAAAUCUAAGAGAUCGCAACAAUUUUAUCAUUAAAUUUUAACAGUCUAAAAAUAUAGAGAAACUUUGAAGACUUUUGUAUCUAUCGUUAUGCUCGGAGAAAUUAGAAACUGCCUGAUUAAAGUACGAGUGCAUGAUUGUUGACUUGGAAGCGGUGGAUAGAUAUUUUUCAUCGAAAUUUCAUCGUUUCAAUCAUGCUGAGAGAAAUUGUUCUGAUUCUUCAUGUUUUCUGCGGCAUUGCCCUGUCAAGGCAAUGCGGAAAAGUAUGGGUCACGGUUUCCUCUUUAUGGAGACCAAUCGCUGCCUCCGAUAAGAUGAUCGAUGCCGAGUUGGAAGUAAAUUGGGAAUUCGAUUGUCCAUCGGACACAAGAUACUCAGAUACCCAGAUCAAGGUGUUCACUGCUGACCCGUUUGCAAAACAUAACGAAACGAUAGAGCCCAAACUAACCUUGACUUCUUUGGAACAUCCUCGAGGUUAUUAUAGAACAAAUAUUACAGUCGGUCGUCCACCACUACCAGGUGGGUGGAACACAAAAAAUGGAAACACAACCCUUCCAGGACAACAUUGUCUUGAUUAUUACGCAGUUCUUUACAAAGAUGGUGAUAUAUCUUCCUCGUCUUGUUUGCAAAUUUGGCCAACUUGGAUGUACGAUUUGAGGAGAGAAAUCGGCAUGCUUCCUAUCGGUAGCCUGAUGAUACCCGGGACACAUAAUUCCGGUUGUUACAAGCAUGGCGAUUCGACGCGUCAGGACGCAUUUCAGCAGUACUUGAUGACGCAAGAUCGUGAUGUGUGGACGCAAUUAGUACACGGCAUAAGAUAUCUUGAUAUCAGGGUUGGUUAUUACCCGUCGAUAUCAAACGGUACCACAUUCGAUGAGGAGGGCAACAAUGUGAGCCGAUUCUGGGUUAACCACGAUAUCCUUCGCAUGACACCUCUUUCCGAAAUCCUGAGGGACGUGAGAAAUUUUCUAGACGCGGCGAGGGGUGAGGUUGUCAUUAUGGAUUUUCAUAGAUUUCCUGUGGGUUUCGAAGACAUGCCAAAUAGACAUCGGAAAUUAGUAGAUAUUUUAAGUCAAGUGUUCGAAGGCUUAAUUCUGAAGCCGGACAGAGGAAUUGAAGGUUUGGGACCAACGUUAAAUGACAUCUGGACCAGCGGAAAGAGAUUAAUUAUUUGUUAUAACAAUAAGCACGUAGUAAAUGAAUAUGACUGGCUGUGGCCACCUUUGACGCAAGCAUGGGGCAAUCAACAAACUGCGGAGGGUCUAUUCGAGUACUUGAACGAAGAGAUAUCGGGAUCAAAGAGACGCAGGAAUAGCGAAAAUCCAUUGUGGGCAGUAAUGGCAGAAUUAACGCCAUACGCGUUGGAUCUUUUCUUUAAUUUAUCAGGUGGACUUCGGCAGAUGGCUGAUUCUGUUAACCGAAAUCUCACUGUCAAAUUUCAAGAAGAGUGGUGGAAAGAAACAAACAUUGUUGCCACAGAUUUCUUUCUUGGAAACGACCUGAUCUCGGUAUCGAGAAUGUCGAACAUAAAGAAGAGCAAUAUCGCGCAAUGGCGUUUGUAGUCUGUCGUAUAUAAAAUUAUAUUAAUAAAUUAUGUUUCGUUUUAAAAAUAACAAAAAAGUUUCACUGCAAAGUUUAACAAGACCGCCGUCAAAUCUUUAUAAAUUAUAUUAAAAAUAAGAUAACGCAAAUUGAAAUGAUUUAACAGUCACAUAUCAAAUAAAGUUCACAAGAAACAUAAGACACUAAUUUGUUCGUCUAUUAUGCAAUAUCAUUAAAAAAAAAGAGUGCUAAAACAAUAAUAACACAAUUUACACAAUUUUGAUUAGUAAAAAUUAUUUAUGACAGAAAUAACGCCAGAUGUUGGGAGCAUUAUAAAUAUUUGUACAAUGCACAUUGUAUUGACUUUGCAAAUAAAACUUUCCUGUUUAAGUUUACUCAAGCAA